ACAGGAAGAAGCUCUGCAUUCACACUAAAUCUGAUCUGCAGCUCUGCUCGGAGUCAUGAGGGGGCACUGCAGAGUGUGAAGAUGGCCAACGCCGUGGCUUCCUACGACCAGCUGGCCCACCAGGUGGAGGCGCUCCGCAAGGAGAACUCCCACCUGAGGAGGGAGCUGGAGGACAACUCCAACCACCUGUCCAAACUGGAGACCGAGACCUUCGGUAUGAAGGAGGUGUUGAAGCAGCUGCAGAGUAAACUGGAGCAGGAGGCGGGAACGCUGGCUUCAUCCGGGAGGAGCGACGUGCUGCACCAACUCAAAGAGCUCCACAUGGACCUCACCAACUACUACGAGCUCAAACACCAACCUCACAACCUGCGGCUGCUGCCGGACAGUCUUGGAGGGGCGGGGCUAACAGGGCUGGGAGGGGCGGGGCCAGGGGCGGAGCUAGAUGACCGUCUGGCUCUGCCUCCGUCCUCCUGCUCCUCGUCCUCCUCGGUGGCGGCGGUGGGCCGGGCAAGGAGUCCGCUCAGAGCUGCGUCCCGUCAGAGCACAUCGUCCGGAGGGGAGGCCGCCGCCAUCAUGCUGCCGCAUCACUUCCUGGACGGAGCCCCGCCCAAAACUGCUGUGAUUAGUGGGGCAGAUGGACGACUGAGCGACCAUCAUCUGGAGGAGCUGUACAAGGAGAGGAACCUCCUGCUGGGGGAGAUCGACCGGGAGGAGAGGGAGCGCUGCUGGUAUUUCAGCCAGCUGGAGGCGCUGUCGCAGAGACUCGCUCAGCUGCCACGCAUCGACACGUUUUCUCUGCAGAUGGAUCUGAUCCGUCAGCAGCUGGAGUUUGAGGCCCAGCAGGUCCGAUCGGUGAUGGAGGAACGCUUCGGCACCAGCGACGAGAUGGUUCAGAGGACGCAGAUGCGUGUUGCUCGUCUGGAACAGCUGGAGAAGGAGCUGCAGGAGUCCCGAGGGAGUCAGGAGAGUCAGCUACAGCUGUCCGGUGCAGAGAAGCCUCCUGCUGGAGAACCGGAGAACAACACGUCAUCAGCUGCAGCUGCAGGAACAGAAGCUGCUGCAGACGGAGGCAGCAAGGUGGAGAUGGUGUUCUGGCUGCUCUCCAUGCUGGCUAACAGAGAUAAGGAGGAGAUGUCCAGGACUCUGCUGGCCCUGUCCAGCUCCCAGGACAGCUGCAUCGCCAUGAGAAAGUCCGGCUGUGUCCCCCUGCUGGUCCAGAUCCUGCAUGAAGCUCCUGGUGGGACUGGAGAGACAGCGGCAGGCGGCACAACGGCAAGCUGCAGUCGUGAGGCAAAGUCCAGGGCGAGCGCCGCCCUGCACAACAUCAUCUACUCCCAGCAAGAUGAGGGCCAGGCCCGCCGGGAGAUGAGGGUGCUGCACAUGCUGGAGCAGAUCCGCACCUACUGCGACAGCGGCUGGGACUGGAUCGAGAGCCACACCGAGACGCCGUCACCCGGAGGAACCAAAACCACUGACAUUCCUGAGCCUGUCGACCCUCAGAUCUGUCAGGCCAUGUGCGCCAUCAUGAAGCUUUCCUUUGAAGAGGAGUACCGACGCGCCAUGAACGAAUUAGGCGGUCUGCAGGUGGUGGCAGAUCUGAUCCACCUGGACCAGGAAAUGUACGGCAUGCAGAACGACCCCAUCAACAUGGCGCUGCGCCGCUACGCAGGAAUGGCUGUGACUAACCUCACCUUUGGAGACGUCGUCAACAAGGCCACUCUGUGCUCGAAGAAGAGCUGCCUGCAGGCUUUGGUGGCCCAGCUGGGCUCAGACAGCGAGGAGCUGCACCAGGUGGUCUCCAGCAUCUUGAGGAAUCUGUCCUGGAGGGCCGACAUCAGCAGCAAGAAAGUCCUCAGAGACAUCGGCUGUGUGUCUGCACUGAUGACCUGCGCCCUGCAGGCCACAAAGGAAUCCACCUUGAAGAGUCUUCUGAGCGCUCUGUGGAACCUGUCGGCUCACAGCAUUGACAACAAGGUGGCGAUCUGUUCGGUGGACGGUGCUCUGGGCUUCCUGGUCAGCACGCUGACAUACCGCUGUCAGACCAACUCGCUCGCCAUCAUCGAGAGUGGAGGAGGAAUCCUCCGAAACGUGUCAAGUCUGGUCGCCACACGAGAAGACUACAGGCAAAUCCUCAGGGACCACAACUGUCUCCAGACUCUGCUGCAGCACCUGCGCUCCCACAGCCUGACCAUAGUGAGCAACGCCUGCGGGACUCUCUGGAACCUUUCUGCCCGAAGCCCAAAAGACCAGGAGCUGCUGUGGGACCUUGGGGCUGUUAGCAUGCUACGCAACCUCAUCCACUCCAAGCACAAGAUGAUAGCUAUGGGUAGUGCUGCAGCUUUAAGAAACCUCCUCACCAAUCGACCCCUGAAAUAUAAGGAUGCUGCUGUCGUAUCCCCAGGCUCCUGCAUGCCCUCGCUCUACAUGAGGAAACAGAAGGCUCUGGAGGCUGAGCUGGAUGCCAAGCACCUAGCAGAGACUUUUGAUACCCUUGAGAAACAGAGCCCCAAACAUCUGAGCCUCAACAAGCCACUACGGCACAUUGAGAGCCUGGCGAAGGAUUAUGCAUCUGAUUCUGGCUGCUUUGAUGAUGACGAAGCCCCAAAUGUCUCCACUAGUCUAGAUACUGGGAGUUUCUCUAUGCUGUCUAUGUUCCUCACCAACUCUAACUUCCUGCAAAACCAGCCACGUAAGAGGGACAGCGAGCCUGAGAGAGAUGUAGACCCACCUCAGAUGAUGGAGAGGAGACAUGCACCUCCCGACGAUGUAUCUGCUGCUGCUGAGAAGCUAGCUAAAAAGAUCACCAAUACAGUUGCCAAGAUUGACAGGUUAGUGGAGGACAUCACCAUGCAUACAUCCUCAGAGGACAGCUUGAGCCUCAGCUCUGAGGACCACCUGGCGGAUUGGCCUUACGGACUUGAUGAACUUAAUGAAGCCCGAGCCAAAUCAUGCUCCCCUUGCCGUCUGUCUGAUACAAGCAGCUUAGCCCAUAGAGAACGCCUCAAUAGAGCCCAUGCCCUUUUGCGCCUCAAAACUGCUCAUACGAGCGUGUCCACAGACAGCCUCAACAGUGGCAGCACCAGUGAUGGCUACUGCGGCAGCAAAGACCAGGUCCGCCCCGCCCCAAGAGCUCUAAUCAUGCAACAACGACCCAACCAGCUUGAUCUCAAGGUGGCUCAUCAAGAGUAUCUUAAUGUACGUCCUGCUGUGAUGAAUGAGACAAGCCAGCAAGAUAUUCCAGAGAGAGACUCUGUGGACAACAAAGAUAUUAAAGCUUUAGAGCUCAGCAGCACAGAUGCAGAAAAGAACCAGGAUCCAGCUGUACAAACACCCGUCAGUGUAUCCACUAAAGUCUCCUCUGAUGUCAGCAUGACUUCCAUCAAGCUGUCUCCCUCUUAUCAACAGGUACCACUCAUUCAGAGUGUGGCCAAAUUCGGUGUAGCAAAGACAGCGAUCAAUGUUCAGGCUGCCCAAGCAAUGAGGAGGCAAGCCUGGGUACCCACUGUGAUGACUGGGGGGAGUAUUACAAAAUUUUCUCCAAUGACAUCCACAAGAAGCCCAACCAUUGGAACGAUGGAGACGGUCCAGAAAUACUCAGUGGAAAACACGCCAAUCUGCUUCUCCCGCUGCAGCUCACUCUCCUCCCUCUCUUCUGGUGAUGGAGCGCUGGAUGGACAAAGUGAUAAUGAGCUUGAGAGUGACUCAUCAUUAGAAAUCAUUGAAGUGGAGGAUGGAGAAGUGGUGAAGAGACCUGACGAGGACGAGACCUUGGAGGAUCUGAGUGACAGCCAGCUGCUGAUGACUGACUCAAAAACCUUCCCAAGCAAAGAGACGGGUCCCAUUGAGAUCCCCUGUCCUGCUAAAAGGGAAAAGGUGUUUCUUAGGGGGGCCUCACCAGCUAUACCUGAAGACAGAUCUCCAUCCAGUUCAUCUGAGAACUACAUCCAUGAGACGCCCCUGGUAAUGAGUCGCUGUAGCUCAGUCAGUUCGCUGGGUAGCUUUGAGUCUCCAUCUAUUGCCAGCUCAAUCCAAAGUGAUCCCUGUAGUGAGAUGAUUGAUGGAACAAUAAGCCCUAGUGAUCUUCCUGACAGCCCAGGGCAAACAAUGCCUCCUAGUCGAAGUAAGACUCCAUGUUGUGUUGAGUCAAAUGGACCAGAAGCACAGGGAGCAGGAUUAGCAGGUCAGUGGGAAAGCAGCCUGCGAAAGUUCAUGGAGAUUGCAGACUCCAAGGAGAGGUUUAACCUUCCUCCUGACCUGGACACCAUGAUCUACUUCACUGUGGAAAAGCCCACCGAGAAUUUCUCUUGUGCUUCGAGCUUGAGUGCUUUGCCACUUCAUGAACACUACAUACAGAAAGAUGUGGAGCUGAAAUUGACCCCCUUACUGCAGCAAAAUGACAAAAAUCUUCCUUUCCCCGAUGAGGAUGAGAAAGGACUUGACCACGGUGAGAGAUAUAGUGAAGGCAACUCGGAUGACGACAUAGAAAUCUUAAAGGAAUGCAUCAACUCAGCAAUGCCAUCCAAGUUCAGAAAAGUAAGACCUUCCUUGAUGACCACAAUACCUCCUCAUAUUCUCAAUUCCCAGAUCCGAAAACCAAUACAUCUUCCAGUGUACAUGAUGCUUCCAAAUGGCAAAACUCAAAUGUGUGCUGGGAGGAGAAUUGUCAUCCCACAGAAGGACUUAAAAUUUGAUGAUUCAUCCUUCACUGAUUCUGCAGAGGGAACACCUGUCAACUUCUCCAGCACAACAUCACUAAGUGACGAAACACUUCAGUAUCCAAUGAAGGAAAGGGGCGCCAAGGACUGCACAGCUAAAGGUAUUAACAAGCAAGAAUUGCUUGAUGAUGAGGCGAAGAGGAUUGAGGACUUGAGGAUAUUCUCACACUUUCACAAACCAAACAGGAUGAACUACCCACCUGAGAUUCAAAUGAACAGAACAACCAAACAUGUCAUUCCCACUCAGAGGGUGCUGAUGCAGAGCAAAGAGGUAGCUGAUAGAGUUGCUAGCCAAAGAAAUCGUGAUCAGUCUCCCAAUCAACAAAAGAAGAGGCAAGGCCCUGUCAGGAAACUGGAACUCCCCGUCAUCAAGCAAAACACAGAAGGUAACCUUAAUCUGGGAUCACAAAAAAGAAAUACAGUCUUUAAACAAAUAACACAUUCAUCAGAGGAGAGUAACUGCUUCUACGAUGAUGAAAAUGACGAAGAAACAACAAAACAACUGAGUAGAAAACAGAUCAGGGAGGCAAGUAGGAAUACUCUCUCUCGGAGCAUGACAAAUAUUGGCAGGAUUGAUAAUUCCCAAGCAAAGCACAGAGGGUUUCACAGAAUAAAACAAAACCUAAUAAAAGAUGAAACUCUGGCAUGUUACUCACUCAGCUCUUCUCUAAGUUCACUGAGUGAUGCUGAGUUCGAGGAUCAUAAAUCAAAAGCUCAACAAAUAUGGUACAAAAACAGACACAACAAAACACUGAACAUGAUGCAACAAACAAAGCCUAUGAACAUUCACAGCCAGUAUGAAGAGCAAAGCUCACCAAGUUCUGUCAGCAUGGAUUCAGAGGAUGACCUCCUUCAGAAAUGCAUAACGUCUGCCAUGCCAAAGCAGAGACGGAAGCUGGCUGCCAGGAAGAAGAAAGCAGAGAAUGCUCAAAAACAAAAGGCCUCUGAUGGGUGGGACAUGGAUGAGGAAAUGGACAGUGAUGAUACGGCGUGGGAUAAAGAUUCAGACCUCAAUAGCGUUGAAUGGAGAGCCAUACAGGAAGGUGCUAAUUCUGUUGUCACUGGUCUGCAGGCAUCAAAGUCUCAAGAGCCGUCCUCUGAAGAGACCGAAUCAGUCUUGUCAUUCAUGUCAACAUCCAGCUUCACACCCAAAGAAAAGAAGUUUGCUAAAGACAAAAAAGCAAACAAACCUCUGGACUUCGCACAGCGCAAGCCAGUUCCAAACUUGCCAGUGGUUUUCAGAGGCAGGACAGUGAUCUAUACACCGAAAAAAGAGGAAGCUCCAUCACAAAGACCUCCACCCAGGAAAGUACCAACCAAGACAGAUGCUCCAAAGAACCCAAACCUUGCUCAGCACAGAUCAAAGAGUCUUCACCGAUUAGGCAGACCCCAGGACAUAGAGCUGUCUUUGCCAAAGAGGAGCUCUACUCCACCUCCAAGGAUACCAAAAAGUUCAUCCUCUGGAUCAUCUCAAAGUUCUACGCCGUCCAGGCAGUCACAGAAGAAGAUAACAUCCCCAAUUCAGACAAAUAAAUCCAUCCAGAAAAAGAAUUCCACACCAGCUAGUAGCCCGCCGGUUAGUAGCCCCCCUGAAAGAAAAGGACGCUCUCCUUUUGUGAAUCAAAAUGAAAAAUCCCCACCACCUAAAACCCAGAAGUCACCCGUCAGAAUCCCUUUUAUGCAAAAUUCAGCGAGGCAAGCCAGACCUCUGUCGCCGCUGGUAACUAACCAAACAUCCGUCAGACAAAAUCAGGUGAAUGGGAAAAGGGUUCCACCCGCCAAUCGAUUUGACCUGGUGAGGAUGACUUCAGUCCAUUCAAGUGGUGGUGAGUCUGAUAGAAAUGGAUUCUUCAGACAGCUAACGUUCAUUAAGGAAUCAAAGACUGUGCUAAGACGUGAUGGCUCUGCACGCAACAUGCCUGGAUCUCAGAAUGGAUCUCCCCGCAGAGCAGUUCCAGGAGCUUCAGCUGUCUUCCUCUGCUCGUCACGCUGUCAAGAACUUAAAGCAGCCGUGCAAAGCCAGAGAAGAAUGCAAGGAAAAGGUCCAGGACAAGCACAGCAAGUCCAAAGGCCAGACUCUGGCCCUCAGAAGCAGGCAACAACCCUUUCUAGGGCAACCUCCAGUGAACGUGACCUGUCUGCAAGACGUCCAGCCAGGAGAACUAGCUCUGAAAGCCCUUGCAGAGUGGCUCAGAGGAAUGGGCCUGGCAGAGUUUCUGGAGCAAAGCAGCAGCAAGACAAAGAUAACUUUAAACGCCACGCCUCAUCACCAAGCAUAAACAUACUGAGCCGAGUGACCAGCCGUUCUUCCCUCCGCUCUUCAUCCUCUGAUUCAAGUGGAAGAGCAAAGAGCGAGGAUGAUACAAAGAAAAAAGGGCAGAGAUCUGCGUCUCGGCUAAAUGACAGAGUCACCUGGAGGAGAAUAAGGGAUGAAGAUGUACCUCAGAUCUUGAAAAGCACUCUGCCAGCCAAUGCAUUACCUCUGGUGCCUUCUCCUGAUGGGGAAAAGCCAAAGCCACCAGCUCUUCCAGGAAAACUGCCAACAAUUCUGCUUGCAUCACGCAAAACAAGUGAUGCAACAGUCCAGACAGAAGAUUUUUCGAAUAAGACCAACUCAAGCACCUCUCCGACGGUAGAAACAGCUCCAGUGAGCUCAGAGGAAGUGGCAAGACUAUCCCUCCUCAGAAAGUUCAGCGCCAACUCUGGGAGUAACCUCCAAGACGGAGAUUCAGACAGCUCCCUGAGGAGCCACAGCACUGUUUCCAUGGGAACAUCAGAUAGCCACGUGGGUGGAGUUGUUCAUUUCCGCCAAGGAUCUCCCAGCAAGGCCGCGAGAGUCACUCCAUUCAACUACAUCCCUAGCCCCAUGGCCUGCUGCCUGCAAGACACACAGGGCCAGGCAGCCACAAUCAAUGAAAAGUCAGGGGAAAAGAGCGAGUCGUAGGACAUUUCAUGGAUGACUAGACGACUACUGUGUUCCUUAAUGAAACUCAGCACUCGGGUCAACAGACGAGGAGUGUGCUGGACCCUAUACCUCGGGUAUUGACCCUUUUCUUUCCCCUUUCACUAUAUUCAAGUUUGUGAACAAUCGAUCACAGCUUCCAUCUACCAUUCAUAAAAGGUUGGAUGUAUGCACUGAGACAGCUCUGACAUGAGCAGACCACCAAGAACAUUGGGAGAUGCAUUUCAGAGAGAAAAAUCUCACAUGAAAAGGAAGUGCAUCGUUUUCUACUUUUUUUUUGUAUUUGUAGAAUAAUCAUUGCCUGGUAGAGAUGUAGUGAAAACAUAAAGCAAAAGACAAUUAACUCGAUUUCAGCACACAAAUCACCAUCGGUCUCCUGGACAGAAUCGAUAAAAUGAACAAUAUUAUGCAAACUUUUGAAUGACAAUUCAGUUGGACUUUUAUCUGAAAAGGUACGAACUGUGUCGGACUGUUGACAGACUCUCAAAAAGGACACAACAAACUGACAUGUAAAGUAUUUUUUACAGACAGUACAUCAACGCUUUGGGCCUUUGCCUCACAACUCAGCUGAAUAUGAUGAACACUGUUAACCUUUGCUGUUUCAUACGGAGCCCAGUUUGGUUGAAGGGUACAAUUUUGAUAAAACACUCCUUCAAAUUAAUAGCGUUAUCACCUUCAAUCCAUGUGUCCUUGUCCCUUCGACACUCGUGCUGUAGAUUUUACACAAUUUUAGUUUGAUCUUGGACUAAGGUACCUGGAUAUACUAUAUUUUUCCCAUUGAAACACGCUGUUGAGUUAGCAUUGGCAUCCCUUUAAUGUAUAUUACAGGCUAACAGGUUUAAAACUGGAUAAUGUAUGUUUUGGAACUCUUCAUAGCUACAGAUAGAUGCAAAGAAGUUAUGUCAGGCCAUGAUUUUUUUAUUUAAUAAGGUGCAAAUUAAUUUGAUGGUACAAGUUAAAUACCAACUUAAGGUUAUUAAUUUCAGGGGAUGAUUUAUCACACAGUUUUCCCUUGACACCUACUGGACUCCAUCAUUGCUGCAUAAAAUAUUAUAGCAAAUAUGUCAUUCUCCAAACUAUCAGCUGAUCCUGGGUAACUUCACACUCUCCUGUACUCUUUGUCUCAAUCGGUAUUGUAAAUAACAUGCAGAUAUACAAAAUCUUCAAAGCUUCCUGGUGGGUAAAAGAAUCUUGGUGUUGCUCCCUGACAGCAUGCUAAUAUAUUCACUGACUGUAUACACACACACACCUGUUAACAUUGUGGAAACUGGACGACAGUGUUGUCCAGUGGUAAAAUACUUUCUAAAACCCAAUCAGAGCAUUACUAGCCAUCUGUAUUCUAGUGCUGCAAAGAUUAUAAUGAUAUAAACUAUCAGCGUAGAUGAACAAAGCAACCACACGCCUCUGUUAAUCGAAUGUGAUGACAUAUGUGUGUUUUUGCUACCGGAUUCAGGAACUUCUGUUUUCUGUUGAGUAUUUCCUGUCAGGAAACAAAAAGAGUUGAUUUGAUGACGGUUAUUCCUCUGGAAGUCUUUAUAACGUGUUAAUAACUGCUUAAAUGUGUUGCCGUAAAAGUAGUGAUAGGUCAAGAAGUCGAAUAUUAAGACGAUGAAUAUUCUCUGUAGUCGUACCAUCACUCUUUCAUGUGUGUUCAGAGAUCAAAGACAGCAGAGUGCUGGACCGAACAAAGAUUAAUCCACAUUAAGGGGCUAUUUAGUCAUAAAAACAAGGUUUUUGUAUUUACUGAUACCACCCUACUGUAUUCCCAAAGCAUGUUUUCAGUAUGAGUAAAACCCAAGUAGCUUUUGAAUGCUGGCCAUUUUACGAUAUCAAAGUGAUACUCACCAAAACCAAAUCAAAUAUUCACCCAAUAUACUGCAUAUGGGUUCAAAUAAGGGUCAAUAAGUGUUUGAGCGUGUGAAUUGAUUUUAGGAAAUAAUCUCAGUGUUUGUGUUUGUAUAUUUGUGCACAAAUGAUAUCAAUGGUGAGGUUUUUUGGCCUGAUGGCAGGGCCAAAAUUUGUACCUUUAACUUAAAUAUGUGUAACGUGAGUGUCGUUCAUAAUGUUGGAACUUGAGUGCUGGGUUUCACAGAUUUCUGCUUUUAAAGAUGUAAUACUUGAUGAAAUUGAACCCCAUUCAGUAAUUAUCUCUCAAGAAUAGAACAAAAAAGACAUUCUCAUGUUUUUUCUACAAUUCCAAAUCCUUUCACAGGUCUGAAGCAUAAUAUAGAAACACAGGCUUUGAAAUUAUUUCUGAUCACUUCAUUUUCAAGUUCAAAAUCUUAUUGACUCCUAUUUAAACCCAAAAACUGUAGGUGUGAAAGGUCAGAAGUACAAACUUUGUAGUUUGAUCCUCAGAAGACAGAUUUUGGGUGGAGAAACACUGUUAAUCCAGUUUAAACCAGUAUAGAUGAAAGUCUUUACAGGGAAUUCGGGACCAUGUUUAAAUCCCUUCAGAAGGUCCUGGAAGUUUGUCCGCCAUCACUGUCAGCGGCCUUGUUCACGCUGGACUGGAGACAAGUUUCUGGAUGAAUUUUAAAUCAAACUUUUUGUCUACAUUUAGCGAUUACUUGUUCCAGUUCACAAACUGAAAAACUAAUUAUUCAGAGUAUUCGGAAAAAUAGAAUUUGUGCAUGUGACCGAAUCAGACAUUUAGAUUAAGAUUAUGAUACAAGACUGCGUCGAGGUCAGUUUUCCCAGCAGUCAAUGCGUGAACGAGGCCACAGAAACAUUAUGGUGCCAUGUGAAAUAGGCGAAGCAACAGAGGUGUGUCAUUAUAAAUGUUUUCAUCCAAUAAAA